AUGAGUAGCCGCCGCCGCCGCCGCCACGCCGGCUCGCCGGCGUCCGCGCCGCUCGACGACGACGACCUCCUCUGCGAGAUCCUGCUCCGCCUUCCCCCGGAGCCCUCCUCCCUCCCGCGCGCAUCCCUCGUCUGCAAGCGCUGGCGCCGCCUCGUCUCCUACCCCGGCUUCUUCCGCCGCUUCCGCCUCCACCACCGCCGCAACGCUUCCCUCCUCGGCUUCUUCGACAGGUUUAAUGGCCUCUCCUUCCUACCCACUCUGGGGGCCCCCAAUCGCGUCCCCCACGGGCGCUUCUCUUUCCACUGCGAUGACUUCGACAGCUGCUCUAUGUCCCUUGGAUGUCGCCAUGGCCUCAUGCUCAUCUUCCUUCGUAAGCGUCUCCAGGUCCUGGUGUGGGACCCCGUCACCGGCGACCAGCACCGCAUUGCCAUUCCCGCAGCGUUUGAUACGGAGAAAACCCUUAUCAACGGGGCGGUUCUUCGCGCUGCCGGAGAUGUCCAACACUUCCAGGUGGUGUUGGUAGCUGCAGAUGGCGACGACGAACAACACAUACAGGCGCUCGCCUGUGUUUACUCGUCAAAGACCGGCUUAUGGGGAAAUCUUGUCUCAACACCGAUUCCAUACCAGGCUUCUGAUAGUCCAUACCGUAUCCCCACCAUGGUUAAUACAGAUGACGCUGUGCUAGCUGGAGAUUCCCUUUACUGGAAGCUUACUGGGAAUAUGGUUGGAAUUCUUGAGUUUGAUUUGGAAAAGCAGAGUCUAGCUGUGAUAAGGAUGCCACUGGAUAUGUAUGGCCAGGGCAAGUGCUUCACGGUUAUGCGGGCCGAGGGUGGUGGGCUGGGUCUCCUCGUUGUGUCGAACUCUGACUACACCGCCCAGUUAUGGAAGAGGAAGAUCGAUUGUGAUGGUGGUGCUUCAUGGGGGCUUGCACGAACUAUUGAACUGGACAAGCUACUUCCCAUAAAACCGGAGGAGAAAGGGCUUCUAGUGAUACUAGGGUUUGCUGAGCAGAAUAAUGUGGUGUUUCUGUGGACAGUUAUCGGUGUAUUGAUGAUCCAGCUUGAGUCAUUGGAGUUCAAGAAUCUUUAUAAAACCAUGAUCUUUUCUUACUACCAUCCAUUUGAAAGUGUCUACAGUGCAGGAACAUCUGUUUCUGGUGGACGCGACAGGGCUGAGCUUUUGGUCAAUAAAUAA